AUGGCCAAGGGAGGAGUUACGAAGCGCGGCAAGGACCCCAACGCCCCAAAGCGAGCUAUGUCUGCAUUCUUCUUGUGGAUGCAGGAGAACCGUCAACGUCUGAAGAAGCCGGGUAUGAGCGUCAGCGACGUCGCCAAAGCCGCCGGUGUGGAAUGGGGCAAACUUCAGGACAAGAGCGAAUGGGAAAAGAAAGCCGAAGAUGACAAGAAGCGCUACGAACGCGAAAUGGCCACCUACAAGAAAGGGCAAUAA